CGCCGCCUCCCGCCGCCCCCUCGGAGCACCCGGGGCUCCCCCCGACCCCCGCCGGCGGGCCCCGAUGUCCUCAGCCUCAUCAGCCUCCAGUGCCGGCACCUGGCCGGUGCCACCAGUAACGGCACUGGUAACGGCGGCGGCACCGGUAACGGCACCAGUAAGGGUGGUGGCACCAGUACGGGCCCCGGUACCGGGCGGCGACGGAAGCAGGCGGCCCCCCAGCGCGGCGCGGAGCCCCGGGACCCUCUUUCCGUGGGGUGACCUUCCGCAUGCGCCUGGGCUUCCCCGGCCGGCAGCACCGAAGGCUGCGGCCUCCUCAUCACCGCCCGCGGGCCGCAGGUACCGGCACAGCGCGGCCGCUCCGUCCGUCUGUCCGUCUGCACCCCCGGGCACCCCCGGCCGCUCCGUCCGGAUGCACCUCUGGGGACUUCCAGACUCUUGCUGCUCUGUCUGUCUGUCCGGAUCCACCCCUGGGCACCCCUGGACCACGGGAUGCAACCGUCCGUCUGUCCGGAUGCACCUUUGGGCACCUUGGGCUGCUCCGUCCGUCUGUCCAGAUACACUUUUGGGCCACGGGCUGCUCGUCUGUCUGUCCGGAUGCACCUUUGGAACCCCCAGACUCUUGGCUGCUCCGUCCACACUGUCGAGCCGCACCCCUGGGCACCCCCGGACGCUCCGUCCAUCUGUCCGGAUGCACCUUUGGGAACCCCAGACUCUUGGCUGCUCUGUCCGUCUGUCUGGAUGCACCCCUGGGCACCCCCAGCCGCUCUGUCCGGGUGCACCCCUGGGAUCCAUGGGCUGCUCCGUCCAUCUGUCCGGAUGCACUUCUGGGCCACGGGCUGCUCCGUCCGUCUGUCCGGUGGCACCCCUGGCUGCUCCGUCUGUCUGUCCGGAUGCACCUUUGGGAACCCCAGACUCUUGGCUGCACCGUCCGUCUGUCCGGGUGCACCCCUGGGGUCCCUGGGCUGCUCCAUCCAUCUGUCCGGCUGCACCCCCGGGCACCCCCGGCCACUCCGUCCGUCUGUCCGGAUGCACCUCUGGGGACUUCCAGACUCUUGGCUGCUCUGUCCAUCUGUCCGGGAUGCACCCCCAGGCACCCCCAGACCACAGAUGCACCGUCUGUCUGUCCGGGUGCACCCCUGGGAUCCAUGGGCUGCUCCAUCCGUCUGUCCGGAUGCACCUUUGGGAACCCCCAGACUCUUGGCUGCUCCGUCCGUCUGUCCGGGUGCACCCCUGGGAUCCCUGGGCUGCUCCGUCCGUCUGUCCGGAUGCACUUUUGGGCCACAGGCUGCUCCGUCUGUCUGUCCGGAUGCACCUCUGGGGAAUUCCAGAGUCUUGGCUGCUCCGUCCGUCUGUCCAGGGAUCGCAGGCGGAGCCGGGGGGGCAGCCCCCAGCCGGCCCCCCCGGGGUGGGCAGCAGCUCGGAGGACGACGCUCCCCUUGCCCAGGGGAGCAAACGCUGCGCCUCCUGCAAGACGCGCCGGACCCCGCUCUGGCGAGCGGCCGAGAACGGGACCCCCCUCUGCAACGCCUGCGGCAUCAGGUACAAGAAGUACCGGGUGCGGUGCCGGCGAUGCUGGAACGUCCCCGGGAAGAGCGAGACCCCCGUCCCGAUGUCCCCACUGCGGGGAGCGGUGUCACCCCGCCGGCGGCGGGGGGAGGAGGUGACGGCGAGGACCCCAGGGACGACGGUGGCGGCGGUGGAGGGCUGGGGGGGACGGGACAGGGGGUGUUGGGGUCCUGGCUGGUCCCUUGGGAGCAAUUAA